UUCUCAGCUCUGCUGCUCUUACUUAGAAAUCUGUCUGUUCCUACCUCUUAAAGAGACAGAGGUAGAGAUUAAGAAAAUUCCUUUAACAUCUCCCUAUGCCAGCCUAGGCUAGAAAAGGACUUGUGGUUUGUUUGUUUGUUUGUUUGUUUGUUUUUUCUUGAGAUUUUUUCCACCAAGAUUUUACCUGGUACAUUUUAUAGAUCUUUUGAGGGAAGUUUUGGACAAGAGCUCAAUCAACUCUAUUGUUUCCUUGUACUUCAUCGUUUUGGCUUCACUUCCAGCAACUAAAUUUCUGUGAACUUACAUAUAUUCAAAUAGCAGCUUCAUAUUAUGUACCCUCUGCCUCUGAAGGCUACUGGAAAGCCCAGGGAUACUUCAGAAAAUUGCCUCUCGCGGGCCGGGAGGCAGCAAAAGGUGAAUGAAGAAUGGAGCGGAAUGUGAGCAGAAUCCAUAUAGUUUCUGAACCCAGCAUAAUUUAUUUUCUACAAGUAUCUUGGGAAAAAGAUCUAGGAUCUGGUUUUGACAUAAUUCUUACAGAUGGUCAGUCAGCAUGGAGUGGAACAGUGACUACAUCUGAGAUUUCCAGAGAAGCUGAUGACAUGGCAAUGGAAAGAGACAAGUAUGUUGAUGAACUGAAAAAAGCAUUGGUUCUGGGAACAGAACCAGCUAAUGUGUACAAAUUUGAUUUUUCUAAAGAGAACUGCAAUUUCUCCUAUUCAAGAAACCUGAAAAAUGUUUCUUUUAUACUUGGAUCACUGAUCCUGCAGAAGGUCUCAAGCCCAGCUGAAGUCAUCCGAGAACUGAUGAGCUAUUGCCUAAACUGUAUGGCUGACCAGCUUGCCAAGAACGAACACCUGCAGAGAGAGAAUGAAAUGCUUCAGAGGGACUGGAAUGAUGUCCAAAAGCGUCUUGAAAAGUGUGUGACCGACAAAGAAAAUCUGGAGGCAGACCUUCAUAAGCGUUUUGUUCUGGUGCUGAAUGAGAAGAAAGCAAAGAUUAGAAGCUUACAUAAAUCGUUAAUUCAAGCCAAAAAAUCAGAAAAGGAGAAACAAGAUGAAAGGGAAUCUGUAGACAAUGCCCAAAGCCUUAACAAAAGAGAGUCAGUCCAUGAUGAAAGCAGUGAUGAGGAAAGUGAAAAUCUAACUGUUCCUAUUGAAGUGACUUCUGCUGGUAUAAGCCAAAACGACUCCAUUAUUUCAAAUUCAGAUGUCAUAGAUGUUGCACCAAGUAGAAAAAAGAGGCAGCGGCUGCAGAAAAAUAUUGACAUAGUACCUCAAUUGACUCCUCAGAAAUCAUCUUUUCAAGAAAAGGAAAAACCUGAGCCUUCACCACUUCAGUCAUCAAGCAAAGAAUCCAUCUCAUCUGAAAAUCUGUCGCUAGAAACCUUAAAAAACAGUAGUCCAGAAGACCUUUUUGAAGAUAUAUGACUGUCUCCCCAAAAUGCUUUGAUGAUAUUUGACUAUAAUCUUUAUUCAUUUUUUAAAAAUCUUAAACUUGAGGAGUAAAGUUCCAACUUGACAGUGGCUAUUACACCUUAUAAUGUAAUUAUACAUGCAGCAUUGAAACAAUUGUGCAGAAUGGAUUACACAUGAAUCAGAUAUGAUUUCCUGACAGUAGCUCAUUAUUCAAAGCUUUUCCCGCCCCCACUUCUAUAAUUACAUCAAAUCUCAAAGUCUUCUCUCCGAAAACCUGCAUCUGUUUUCUCCAGCACACAUAUGCUCUGUAUGCAGUCUGUCUAGCGCAGUGUGGAAGAUAGCUUUAGAAAUAGCCUUAAGAGUCUAGCCUUAACAUUUAACUUCUGAUUUUUCCUCUCGAUAGUCUGAAGGAUAAAUAGAAAUGUCUGUUUGUUUUUAAUUGAGGGAAUAAAACAUGAUCGAUA